GCAGCUCGUCCCUCAUUCAUGCUGAGCGCUGCUCUCCUGUGCGCACGGAACUGCAGAGCUGAGUUUUGGAACCGGUGCCGCCGCCGCCGCUGCUCCUCGACCGUCGAGCCCGUGGAAAUGUCUCCCCCGUCAACUCCGACGUACCAGUAACAUGCCAUACAGGACGAUCUCGGAGGACGGUUCGACAAGGCUGGAGGCAGAUGGGGCUGAAGAUCAGGGGAUGAGGUUAUAAAAUCCGUGGAGAAAGGAGGAACAAAAGGAGAGGAAGUCGACUGUUUGGAAGCUCUUCUUCUGUGUGGCCGUACCCUUCAGUGCCUGAGUGGCCUUCGAAGGAUUACACACCCACACGGUCGCACCUCACACCUCCCCUCCCCUCACCGCCAUGUCCUCCCACCUUAACCCACCCCCUCUCAUCCUCCCCGUCCUCUUGAUGCUCCUCUCUCACUUCACGCCCCCCACCUUCACCGCCACCUCCCCUCCUUCAUCCUCGUCCACCCUUCUCUCCUUCUCCCCACCCGAAGGAGGUCUCACACAUUUGGUGGUCCACAACAAAACCGGUGAGGUCUAUUUGGGUGCCGUCAACUGGAUCUACAAGCUGUCCAGCAACCUCACCAAUCUGCGAAGCCACGUCACGGGCCCGGUCACGGAUAACCCUCGCUGUUACCCUCCGCCUGGGGUCCAGUCCUGCCCCCAUGAGCUGGUGCAGACCUCUAAUGUCAAUAAACUCCUGCUACUUGAUGCUGCUCACAACCGCCUAAUUGCUUGUGGGAGUACUUCCCAGGGAAUAUGCCAGUUCCUGCGCCUGGAUGAUCUGUUCAAGCUCGGCGAGCCCCACCACCGUAAAGAACACUACCUAUCCAGCGUGGCUGAAGCGGGCACCAUGUCGGGUGUUGUGAUCUCUCCGGAUAUUUUCGGCGAAGGCGGUAAGCUCUUUGUCGGCACUCCCAUCGACGGGAAAUCCGAGUACUUCCCGACGCUGUCCAGCCGCAAGUUAAUGUCCAACGAAGAGAACGCAGACAUGUUCAGCUUCGUCUACCAGGACGAGUUUGUGUCCUCGCAGCUCAAGAUCCCGUCAGACACUCUGUCCAAGUUUCCAGCCUUUGACAUCUACUACAUCUACGGCUUCAACAGCGAGCAGUUUGUGUAUUAUCUCACGUUACAACUCGACACCCAGCUCACGUCGCCAGACGCGAGCAGCGAGCAGUUCUUCACCUCCAAAAUCGUCCGUCUUUGUGUCGAUGACCCCAAAUUCUACUCGUACGUCGAGUUCCCCAUUGGCUGCAGCAAGGACGGGGUGGAAUACCGCUUGAUUCAGGAUGCCUACUUAGCUCGGCCUGGGACCCGUUUGGCUCGUACGCUUGGUAUUCAAGAGCACGAGGAGGUGCUGUUUACUGUAUUCGCCCAGGGUCAGAAGAACAGAGCCAAGCCGCCCAAGGAGUCGGCUUUGUGUCUCUUCACAAUGAGCCGCAUAAAGGAGAAGAUUAAAGAGCGGAUUCAGUCGUGCUACAGGGGCGAGGGGAAGCUCUCCCUGCCCUGGCUGCUCAACAAGGAGCUGGCCUGCAUCAACUCGCCGCUGCAGAUAGACGACAACUUCUGUGGCCAGGACUUCAACCAGCCUCUCGGUGGCACCACGGCCAUCGAGGGCAUCCCGCUGUACGUGGACAAGGACGACGGCAUGACGUCCGUGGCGGCCUACGACUACCGUGGGAACACGGUGGCGUUCGCCGGCACCCGCGGCGGACGCUUGAAGAAGAUCCUGGUGAACUCCAUUACCCAGCCUGCCCUGCUGUACGAGAACGUGGCGGUGAGCGAUGGGAGCCCCAUCCUGAGAGACCUGCUGUUCAGCCCAGACCAUCAGUACUUAUACACCCUCACCGACAAACAGGUCACUCGAGUGCCGGUGGAGAGCUGUGCACAGUACACUUCCUGUGGAGCCUGCCUCGGAUCAGGAGACCCUCACUGUGGCUGGUGUGUGCUGCAUAAUGUAUGCUCGAGGAAGGAUCACUGUGAACGAGCAGAGGAGCCUCAGCGUUUCACCACCAGAGCGGAGCAAUGUGUGCGACUUUCUGUACAACCCGACACCAUCUCUGUCACCAUGUCAGAAGUGCAGCUCGUACUUCAGACCCAGAAUGUCCCGAGCCUGUUCGCUGGAGUAAACUGCUCGUUUGAGGACUACGUGGAGACAGAGGGACGCAUCUACGGCGGACGGAUCUUCUGUCUGUCCCCGUCUACAAAAGACGUCGCUCCCAUCACCCGAGACCAAGGUGACCGGCGUGUGAUAAAGUUGUAUCUGAAGUCCAAGGAAACGGGCAAAAAGUUUGCCAGCGUUGACUUUGUGUUCUACAACUGCAGCGUCCACCAAUCGUGCCUAUCCUGUGUGAACGGAAACUUCCCGUGCCACUGGUGCAAAUACCGCCACAUGUGCACCCAGGACGCCAGCGACUGCUCCUUCCUGGAGGGACGAGUCAACACGUCGGAGGAGUGUCCUCAGAUCCUGCCUUCCACCCAGAUCUACAUCCCUGCGGGCGUGAUGCGGCCCAUCACGCUGCUGGCCCAGAACCUGCCCCAGCCCCAGUCCGGACAGAGGAACUACGAGUGCAUCUUCCACAUCCAGGGCAGCGUGCACAGCGUGCCGGCCCUGAGGUUCAACAGCACCAGCAUCCAGUGUCAGAAGACCACGUACGACUACGAGGGCAGUGACAUCAGUGACCUGCCAGUCGACCUCUCUGUGGUGUGGAAUGGAAACUUUGUCAUUGACAACCCGUUCAACAUUCAAGCGCACCUGUACAAGUGCCGGGCGUUGCGGGACAGCUGCGGCAUGUGCCUGAAGGCCGACCCCAGGUUCGAGUGCGGCUGGUGCGUUCAGGACAGGAAGUGCUCCCUCAGGCAGGAGUGCACCGGCGGCGGGAACUCCCACCUCCCGCUGCAGCUGUCUGACGGCGCCGGCUGGAUGCACGCCACCUCUGGAAACAGCCGCUGCACCCACCCCAAGAUCACCAAGUUGUUCCCUGAGACCGGACCUCGCCAAGGGGGAACCAAGGUGACCAUUCUUGGGGAGAACCUGGGGCUGCAGUUCAGAGAUAUUAAGACGGGUGUCAGGUUGGGCAAGGUGCCCUGCGUGCCUAUUGAGGACGAGUAUGUGAGUGCAGAGAGAAUAGUGUGCAUGCUGAACGAUGCGACGGGCUAUCGUGUCCAAGAGGCUCAGGUGGAGGUGUGCGUGAGAGACUGUGUCAACGACUACAGAGCCCUGUCACCUCGGCCUUUCACCUUUGUGACUCCUUACUUCACCCGGAUCCAGCCUUCUCAGGGACCCAUUUCUGGAGGCACCCGGGUCACCAUAGAGGGAAGCUAUCUCAACGCAGGCAGCCAUGUGUCUGUCAGCAUAGGAAAGCAGCCCUGCUACUUUAAAAGGAGGAACGCCCGCGAGAUAGUGUGUGUCACACCAGCUGGGUUGGCACCGGGCAGCUCAUCGGUCUUGGUGGACAUUGACGAUGCUGAACUCAGAAACCCUGAGGUCAAGUUUAACUACACGGAAGAUCCCACGGUGCUGAGGAUCGAACCUGACUGGAGCAUUGCCAGCGGUGGGACCCUGCUGACGGUGAGCGGCACCAACCUCGCCACCAUACGGGAGCCAAAGAUCCGGGCCAAGUACGGGCAGGCCGAGUCCUUCCAUAACUGCACCGUUUACAACAACUCGGUCAUGGUGUGCUUGGCGCCGUCGGUGGCGGACUCGGAGCUGGCCUUCUCCGACAGCGGCACCGGCCCGGACGAGAUCGGGUUCUACAUGGACAACGUGAACUCCCUGGUGGUCGUCAACGAGACGUUCAGCUACUACCCCGACCCCGUGUUUGAGCCGCUGAGCCCGUCCGGGGUCCUGGAGCUCAAGCCCACGUCGCCGCUCAUUCUCAAGGGCCGCAACCUGAUCCCGGCGGCUCCAGGUAACAGCCGGCUGAACUACACGGUGCUGAUCGGAGAGACUCCCUGCGUGCUGACGCUGUCUGAGAGCCAGCUGCUGUGCGAAUGGCCCAACCUCACCGGACAGCACAAAGUCACGAUUCGUGCCGGCGGCUUCGAGUACUCCCCCGGGACGCUCCACAUCUACUCGGACAGCCUGCUGACGCUUCCCGCCAUCAUCGGCAUCGGAGGGGGCGGCGGCCUGCUCCUGCUGGUCAUCAUCGCCGUGCUCAUCGCCUACAAGCGCAAGUCCAGAGACGCCGACCGCACCCUCAAGCGCCUCCAGCUGCAGAUGGACAACCUGGAGUCCAGAGUGGCCCUGGAAUGUAAAGAAGCGUUCGCUGAACUUCAGACAGACAUCCAUGAGCUGACGCAGGAGCUGGAUGGGGCUGGCAUCCCGUUCCUGGACUAUCGGACCUAUGCGAUGAGGGUCCUGUUCCCGGGCAUAGAGGACCACCCUGUGCUCAAGGAGAUGGAGGUACGGGUGCAGGCCAACGUGGAAAAGGCGCUGACGCUGUUCGGACAGCUGCUCACCAAAAAGCACUUCCUGCUGACGUUCAUAAGAACCCUGGAGUCACAGAGGUCCUUUUCCAUGCGGGACCGAGGCAACGUGGCGUCUCUGAUCAUGACUGCUCUGCAGGGGGAGAUGGAGUACGCCACAGGGGUCCUGAAGCAGCUGCUGUCCGACCUGAUCGACAGGAACCUGGAGAGUAAAAACCAUCCCAAGCUGCUGCUCAGGAGGACGGAGUCUGUGGCCGAGAAGAUGCUGACCAACUGGUUUACGUUUCUCCUGUAUAAGUUCCUCAAGGAGUGUGCAGGGGAGCCUCUUUUCAUGCUUUACUGUGCCAUCAAGCAGCAGAUGGAGAAGGGACCCAUAGACGCCAUCACAGGAGAAGCCCGCUACUCCCUCAGUGAAGACAAGCUCAUCAGGCAACAGAUUGACUACAAAACGUUGACUUUGCACUGUGUAAACCCGGAGAACGACAACGCCCCAGAGGUGACGGUGAAGUGUCUGAACUGUGACACCAUCACUCAGGUCAAAGAGAAGCUGCUUGAUGCUGUUUACAAGGGCAGCCCCUAUUCACAAAGGCCAAAGGCUUCUGAUAUGGACCUGGAAUGGCGUCAAGGCCGGAUGGCGAGAAUCAUUCUCCAGGAUGAAGACGUCACAACCAAGAUCGACAACGACUGGAAAAGGCUCAACACGCUGGCUCACUACCAGGUAACAGAUGGCUCCGUGAUUGCCUUGGUGCCAAAGCAGAACUCUGCCUACAACAUCUCCAACUCCUCCACCUUCACCAAGAGCCUCAGCAGAUACGAGAGUAUGCUGAGGACGGCCAGUAGUCCAGAUAGCUUACGGUCCCGAACCCCAAUGAUCACUCCUGACCUGGAGAGUGGAACCAAACUGUGGCAUCUGGUGAAGAAUCACGACCACUCAGAUCAGAGGGAGGGUGACAGAGGCAGCAAGAUGGUCUCUGAGAUCUACCUGACCAGGCUGCUGGCGACCAAGGGUACGUUGCAGAAGUUCGUGGACGACCUGUUUGAGACCAUUUUCAGUACAGCACACAGAGGCAGCGCACUGCCACUCGCCAUCAAGUACAUGUUCGACUUCCUGGACGAGCAGGCCGACAAACACUCCAUCACAGACUACGACGUACGGCAUACCUGGAAGAGCAACUGUCUUCCUCUUAGAUUCUGGGUGAAUGUGAUCAAGAAUCCCCAGUUUGUGUUUGACAUCCAUAAGAACAGCAUCACAGACGCAUGUCUGUCUGUGGUAGCCCAGACUUUUAUGGACUCCUGUUCAACGUCAGAACACAAGCUAGGAAAGGACUCGCCUUCAAAUAAGCUUCUUUAUGCUAAAGACAUCCCCAACUACAAAAACUGGGUAGAGAGGUAUUACUCCGAUAUCUCCCGUAUGCCAGCCAUCAGUGAUCAGGACAUGAGUGCCUACCUAGCAGAGCAGUCCCGCCUGCACCUCAGCCAGUUCAACAGCAUGUCUGCACUGCACGAGAUCUACUCCUACAUCAUCAAAUACAAAGAUGAGAUCCUCUCAGCAUUACAAAAGGAUGAGCAGUCGCGCAGACAGCGGCUACGCGGCAAGCUGGAGCAGGUCAUCGACACCAUGGCCCUGGCUAGCUGAGGACCAGCCAAUCACACGCCUUGCCUAGCGGAGAACUGGCCAACCAACACGCCUUCCCUGACAACCUUUUGAUGCUCAUGACUUUUUGACCCUUGACAUUUGACGUCUGCCGUCAUUACUCCCACAAACAACAAUCAACAGCAGCAGCGGGAACGGCUGUAAGGACACAUGCACCCAGCAGCAGCACACUGGAGAGACAGCAGAGUUUGGAGCCGAGGCCCCGCCCGCUUGGUUGGCUUCGUCUUUAGUUGUUAUUCUUCUGAGCCACCAACCCUGCCAUGAACAACCAAAUCAACUGCACCCUCAGACUCAGCAGAUAGGGACCCCAGCUCAGGAGAGCGUUUAUUUUCAUCACGGUCCUCAUCACGUCUGGAGCCAGUCGGGUGCUUUGGCCACAAUCAGGAGCAGCGCAUGCACAGUGGUGACCAAAACCUCAUCUAGCUGUUACAAAUUUGAAAAGCUACGGGAAAGAAACAAGCCACUAGCUAGUCGCUUUCCUCAGUCAAGGCCACGGUUCAGACUCUGGGCCAGUAGAAAUCCAGGAAAUACAAUACUUGAUCUCUUCCUCAUUUCUGUGGCUGUCCUCCACAGGGAGGUCAAAGGUCAGGGUCAGCUACAGAGCAGCAGCCGUAGAGCUGGUUUGAAGUUAGUGCGUUGCUCAAAGACUCUCCUGCAGAGCAUGAUGGCAACGCAUACGGUACAGCAGGCUGCUGCCACUGCAGGGCAACCAGGAGGAAGGACUUUGCAGGGAAACUCCUCAGUACUGACUGUCCCACUCAAGACCCCCACCGUAGGCUACUACAGGACAUUUCUAACUCCACAACUCCACAUUUGAUUUGUUACCGCGUUCUUUUCCCCCACUGCCUAUUCUCCCCAGUGCUGUGCCACUUGUGUUACUGCUGAAUUUGCACAACAAAGCUAAAUCAAAAGAGAGAAGAGGAUAUACGAAUAUAUAUAGAUAUAUAAAUACGAUCCUUUUGUUUUUGAAAUGAAAUGAAAAGUUGAAAAAAAACUUUUUUUCAUCUUAUUGUACAAAAAAUAAGUUUGAAAAGAGAAUUUGAUAUUUCCAAGAUGAAAAAUCAUGAAAACACAAGGAAAAAGUUGUCCUGUGCCAUGUUUUACUUUGAAUGUUGUUUAGUGCAGAGACUUUUUUUGUUAAAUGAAAUGUGCUACGAUGAUAAUGUUGUCAUGCUUAGUGACUGACAGUGAGAGUUUAAAAAUAGGUAAAUGGCAAAAAUCUCUAUAUAUAUUGCAGACACUUUUAAUAUUUCAUAAGAUCUUGGGGUCGUCAUGUGCAGUGUCCUUUAGCUCUAAAAGCGAAUGAUGUUGAAUCGAAGGCGGCCGUGAUCUAACUGACUUUCAGUGCUUUUGUGUUUGUUUUGAAGAAACCAAAUACAUCAAGGCCCAGCCAGCUAAUUGAAAUGAGACAAAAAUGGUUUUAUUUUGAAGACCAGCCUGAGGCUUUGAUGGCUAACUGCUAGAAAAGACACUGGACAGCUACUUAAUCUACAAUCUGGCACAUGUGCUCUAACUAAAACUUUGUCAUUUUUCUUUCUAGACUGCCCUUCGUGUCUCAAACAUUUUAAUUUGUGUCAUCCACAAAUGAAGGCUAGUUUAUUCUAUGUGCAUAGAAGAAGGUGAAACAGUGUUGUCUGAUUAGCUUUUGGCUUGUUUUCAGUAAAAGACAUGAGCUACAGUGAAGGUUCCACUUUUAAAAUGUGAAUGUGGUUUUACAAAAAGAUGACGAUGUAGCUACAGUAUCUAUGUGAGUGUUUUGUACCAGUCGAAGGCCUUUCUCUCUUUAUUUCCAUUCUGUGGUUUUCAUAGGAGUUUAAAAAGGUUUAAAUGUUACUUCUCCAGUUUGUGCUGCUCCACAUUGUAGUGCUUCAAAAACAUGCCUUCAGAAACAUUCCUUUCACCCAUGUGUGAAAGGGUUACAUGAUUAUCAGAGCAGGAAAAAAGAUAAAGGAAAGGUCAACAUGUUAAACAAUCCAGGUUAAUAUACGUUACUCUGAAACAGACCAGACACAUCAACAGGUUCAUUCAAUGAUAAACAAACUGUUACUAUUGCCUCAAAUUAAUUUUAGUAUUUUUCCUCUUCAGUAGUGCUUCCCUUAGGUACUUUUCCUCGUGGUAGCAUGAGAAAGGCCUCAUUAAAAUUAGAAAUUACUAAAAGUAUUUAGUUACAUUAUUGUCUUUUUCAUUUCGAACCUCAGUUUUGCAUCUUUUUUCAGAUUCAGAUCAUUGUCACUGAAAGACACACCUGCUCUUCCAAACAGUCCAACAAAGUAAAGGGCACAAUAGCAACGAGACUUGUGCUAACGUCGCUUAUGGCACAUCUACAUGACACCAAGUCUGAUCAAAAUUUGUAUUUAGAUUUCUGUAGCCUGCAGUGUUAUGGUUGCACCUGAAGAAAUGCAAAACGUGUUGGAAAACAUGUAAGUGAAAUACUCCAGAUGGACCAGAAACUGACAUGGUCCAAGUGAUAAAUAUUGAGUCACAACUGGUUUACAGCAUCGGCUGAAAUUGUGACAGCUGCAUGUGGCGAGAUCAGUCUGGACAGUUUACACCUACUGUAAGUCCCUCUAGAUCUCUGUGCAGGAAACAUUUUAUAACACUCACUCAGUAUUGGUUACAUCAUGUUAGCUGAAGCUAUUAGAUUGAUGAACCUGAUAACACUUCCCAUGUAAAUCAAGAGCAAUCAACAAAAGACUUUUCAUAUAAUAGGAAUGUCAUGUAUAGAAAAAUUAAAUGUCUCAGCUUUUUCUAAACUUGACUUGCUACUGUCAAAUACAAACUUUCCAAACCAAGGCCAUUAUUGUCGACAGCAAUUUCAACAUUUUCUGAACUUUAAUCUUGAGCUACUGGCCUUCAUGUUUUUAUCUGAGAGUAUAAACAUGUGUCUGGAAAAACUGAAACGUACUGUAUGUGAUUCAAUGCGUGAAGCACACGUCUACACAGGGUAACGUGACCUACAGGACAGCUGACCAAAGCUUACGUCAUCCACAAUAAGUGGCAAGAGAUCGUUUUUGUCCACUCACGCUUCUUAGUUCUUCCACACCUGAAUGCAGAGGCUCCCAUAUGGGAGAUAUUUAGUGUCUGUAUGCUUGAUGAAUGUGGAAACUGACGUUGCUUCCACGAACAAGCACUCAUUAACCUUUAGUUUAAUUCGAAUCGAUGGCUAAAGCGUCUGGAUCGCAGCGUUGCUAUUCGACUGCUUUCCAUUUGCUCAGUUAAAAAUGGUCCUAGCGAUGCUGGUGACCUCUAUGUUUGGAAAGUAAAUACAAAAAACCACCAGGAAUCAGUGAGAAAGAUGACACCUGGUGCUUUAGUUUCUUCCUUUUUUGAUGCUUUCGGCUCCUCCACUUGUUCGCGUAACGGAUGAAAAGGAGAGGUGUUUUGCAUCUGCAGCGUUUGUUUUUUUUCCACUUCAAUGUGCCGUGUCGGCCUCUUCCUACAAUGAAAUCAGUGCUUUUUCUGUACACAUUCAAGUAAAGGUUAAAAAUUGGAUUAGAAAUAAUUUCUUCUGAAUUUACAGCAUUAUGUCAUUUAUGCUACGCAGAAACUGUAUUUAGCCUAGUUCAGCAUACUGUAACAUAAGGUGAGGCCUAGACCUACAGCAGCAGCCGUUCUCUUUUAUUUUCUUUUGUGGGGGAAGUGAUUCAUGUACGGGUCGAAGGAAACAUGUGCCAGUGAAUUAGCCUUUAAAAGUUCUUUCACGUCAUCUCAUCUUCCGCAGUUUAUGCUAACCCCAGCUAGGCUAACGUCAUUAUGACUCCUGGUAGAACACAUUUAUAUUGUUCUUGUUACAACUUAUCUCAAAAUUGUUGUGACACAUUGAAAUCUGGGGGAAGCUUGUUAAUGAAUCGUGUCUUCUUUGUGUCCUUCCAGUUAAGCUAAGCUAACUGUAACCGCCUCCAAUGUCAUAUUUAGCACACAAACUGGCAAACAAUAAGACCAGCGUAAAUUUCUUCAUCUAACUCCACGAGGGAACUGGACGGUGGCGUUUCCCAGUUGUCAAUUUGCUUGUCAUCUUGAGGGAUCUAUAGCAGUACUGUACAUGACACCACCUCAGGACCAUGUCACUGAACACACCUUUAAUCCCCCCCCCAGUAGUUCCAGCUCUCCAGCUUCCUUACCUGCUGAGUUCACUUUGAAUAAAGUACAUUUCAGAGAAGGACCAUGGGACGUAAAAUACCUUCACACACAGAUUAAAGAGGGGGUAGAAAAAAUACCUUAGAGUUUUAAUACUUUAUGAAUUCUGAUACCUUUUUAAAGAGUUUCAGACUUGAAGCUGCUGUGACAGGUUUUGGCUGUUUCACGCCCGUGUAAAUAUCCUGCUCUUUCCUAUUUUGCAGAUUUAUUACGUGUAAAUAGACACGCAUCAAGGAGAGAUUAAACAUGUUUUUUGCUAAAUCUG